AGUGCAGUUUGUUAAUCAGGAAGUAAAGCGCCGUUGCGAACAGAUUUCUGACACAUUAGAACUUGUGUUUCACAGGAGUAACUAAUCUCAUCAUGAGUAGAGUCUACUACAUCCUCAGUGCUGCUCUUUUUGUGUUAGAAAUCCCAGAGACCAAGGCGCUGCUAGAAAACUCCAAUGAUUGCUGUGAAAGAAUAAAGAGAAUGAAUGAAACCUGUGUGAAUAUUACACUCUGUGAUCCUGGACUCCUUCAAGUUCAGGAGAACAGUACAACAUUUUGUGUGUCCUGCGAUUCAACAGAGCAGGGGAAUUCAUCUUUACUUAACAAUACAAGGAGUAGUCAUUUUCUAAUACCUUUAAUCUCAGUGAUUGGUGGUCCAGGUGUAGCAGCUUCUGUCCUUCUAGGAACUCUACUGAUCAGCCUGGGUCUCAUCCUUUCGGUUGCAUCUUUCUUUUACCUUAAGCGUUCCAACCGCCUCCCUGGUGUCUUCUACAGGCGCAACAAGGCUUUUAUAUUCCAACCAAGUGAGACGGCUGUCAUGAUUCCAGAAACUACAUCUUCAGUCCGCAAGCCAAGAUAUGUUAGGAGGGAGAGGCCAUCAGCAACUUCAGCAUCCAGCAGUGCUACUAUGUCAACAGGGGCAGUAACCAAGGUAUACAAUGUGUGACCAGCCUUCAAGGGCCAGCUGUGAGCACCUUUUUAAAACAUGGGUCUGUCCUAAAGCACUGUUUUCUUAUAGGAUUUACUUUUUUGGUGAAACUUUUCCUUUGUUGGCUACAUGAAGAAGUGACAUGUCUUGAUGUAGGAUUUAUCUUUUUUAAUUCUCUUUUUUUUUUUUUUUUUACUAAAGCAAAUUAUUUAUUUCUAUUUAUAUAUUUUUCACACAAUACAUUGUUCCUUUUUUUUUUUUUUAAGAGACCAGGUGUUGCACUACUAGAGUAUUUUUGAUUGUUAAGCUAUAAUUAAGUCUAGUAAGUUGUUUUUGAAAGAAUUUUGUAAUGUAUAUUUAUUAGCAGUAUUUUUGUGUGAUAUUGUACUUUUGAAUCUUGUGACAUUGUAACUAGGAUCCAAAACAAGACUUCCGGAGUUAUUAAUAUUUGCACACUACCAACUCCUCCAACCUCGUCAAGUUAAAAAAAAAUAAAAAAUACAUUAGCAUAUUUACCAUUCGGUUGAAAUCAAUGUUUUGUACCUGUAUACACAAAUAAUAUAUUUUCUAUGAAUCCUGUACCAUCUCCACAAAUUCCGUUAGCACUUAUUAAUGCCAUAUACAUAUGCUGGAAAAUACCCUGUAUGAGUAUUGAAAAUACUCCCACCCUAAGUUCUUAUUUAAAUAUAUAAAAUUACAUGUUAGAUUUAACAGAAAACAGCUUACCUCCAGUUGUGGCAUUUUAGAACAUAAACAUAAUGGUCUUCAGAUCCAUACUGACUCCAUCUAACCCACAGGAGUAACUAAUCUCAUCAUGAGUAGAGUCUACUACAUCCUCAGUGCUGCUCUUUUUGUGUUAGAAAUUCCAGAGACCAAGGUAUCUGUUGUCUUUUCCCUUCAGGAUCCUUUGGAAUAAUUUCACACAACUCUCAGUGUGAGAGCCAUAACUAUUGUGAAUACAUUGGUUGUUGUAAUUCCAUGCUCUAAAACUCAAUUUAAAAUGUAUUCCAUUCUUGAUGCAUUUUGAUUAUGUUUGUUUCAGGAGCUGCUAGAAAAGUUUUUUCCCAGGUAAAUAAUGAUAAAUUCAAAUUUGUUAGACCUUAAAGUUGCCAGCUUGCUAUAAUAUUACACAAUAUAUAAGCAAAGUUGUGAAAAACUGUUGCCAAACACAGAGCUUUUUAUCCAGACUUUCCAUUGUAUAAGACAAAGUGCCAUUAAGUGAUUGUGCUAAUGAAUGAAGUCCUAUAGUUACCAUUUUUGAUUUUAUACAAAAUUUGAAUGUAAAAUUAUGAAAGAACUUUAGUAAAUUUAUCUUGUUUCUUGGUUGGACAAAAAAAAAUGCUUGAUAUCACUGUAGUGUUAUAAAAAGAGUAAUACACUGGUAUUUCUAUAAAAGGACCGGAGAAGUCACUUACCUUUGUUUUACUUUAUUUUGUAGGUGUUUAUUGCAAAUAGAGGCCUUUAAAAUGCCGUAUCAUCCCCUAUGCCUAUAUAUAUUGAUGAUUUUCGGUGUAGUUUUUAGGUUUUCUCAUUUGUAAUAAUGGUUCUGUUUAUUUAAAGGAUAAUUAUGGUUUUUCUACACCUUUUCUAUUUUAUUUUAGGAAUGGUAUUUAUUUGAACAUUGUAUUGUAGAGUUUAAAAUCUUUAGUAUGCUGGAUUAAUCAAAAGGAUUGUUUACUUAAGGUGGAGGUAAAUUGUGUGGUUUUGUGGGGAUACAUCUGUGAUACUGAUUUAAAUUCAACUUAUUUCUCAUGUCAUUUUAUUGGCUGUUGUGCAGCAACUGGAAAGCAUGUCAAUACAUUUUGUAUAUGAAUUAUGUUUAGAUGGAUGUUGAUUAUGUCCUGAUGGAGUAUUAAUUAUAUAUUGAAUCAUAUUUGAUAAAGAUUUUAUUGUUUACAGAAAUAAAAGAUAUUUUGAUUUAUG